CUGGGCACAGUCUUUUCUCUUGCAGUACUAGUAUUCUAUGAGCGGGGAGUUUUCUAUUAUGCAGAGAAACAUUGAUAACCACACCUGCCCAUCUCUCCCCAGCACCCUUGGCAGAGGCAGACAUGACAGAAGGUCAGGUUGUCCUUCCUGCACUGGGGGUUUGAGUGAGAGGAGCCAUUCUUUUUGCCAGGCAAGAGAAUUACAAACCCCCAGGCAACCCAACAGGAGCAAGGGUUCAGUUACAGGAGCUCUAUGUUCAGGUCCCUCUAAUGAUUUUAUGUGAUCUCCCAUCUCCCACAUGCAGGGUUGCCAACAUCCAAGUAAGACCUGGAAAUCCGCUGGGUUUGUUGCCCCCCUCCCAACUUCCAUUCAUCCCAGCAAACAGACAUACCAGUAUUUCAAAAAGCUUGGUAUGUAGUACCGUGAAAUAUUACAUACCACGCUUUUGUUCUUAUCCACCACGUGUCAUCAUUGUCUUUUGUUUUCCUUCUGACAUAUUGAUAUCUGCCUCCCACCCGCUCCCCAAAGAAAGAAGUCUGUCUUUAUACCCAAGUGAGUAAAGGAAUCUUUUCACAGUCAGAAGUGAUCCAAUAGAAGAAGAUGGAAGAGCAGAACCCAGGAGCAUCUGGAUUUGGCAAGAGAGCAAGGAAAGACCCUUAUCUCAUCCAAGCUAGGAGUAGUGUUGAAUUCUGGGAGAGAGCUGUGCCAGAAAUCUGGGAUCAGGAGCCCCUGAAUUCAGAAGUACUUUGCCGACGCUUCCGGCAGUUCUGCUAUCAUGAUGCCGAUGGGCCCCGAGAGGUUUGCAGCUGGCUCCAUGGACUUUGCAACCGCUGGAUGAAGCCAGAGAGGCACUCCAAGAAGCAGAUCCUGGACUUAGUGAUCCUGGAGCAGUUCCUGACUGUCCUGCCCCAUGAAAUGCAGUGCUGGGUCAGAGGAUGUGGGCCGGAGACCAGUUCUCAAGCAGUGGCCCUGGCCGAGGGUUUCCUCCUGAGUCAGGCAGAGGAGAAGAGGCAGGCAGAACAGAGGUUGGGUCUAUCUGUGAAGAUGGAAGCUAAGUUGGAAAGAGCUGUGUUGGAGGAAUGGCAGCUGGGCCAGGCCCAGGAAUGUGCCCACGAUGCCCUCUCACAUGGCAGUGAAGAAGCAGUGUUGAUCUGUUCUGUUUCCGGAGGUGUGAAAACAGCUGCUGCCCCUCUAGUCCAGUCUCUGGUUUCUUUUGAGGAGGUGGCCAUGUCGUUCACAGAGGAAGAGUGGGCACUGCUAGAUCCAGACCAAAGAGCUCUUUACGAAGACGUCAUGCUGGAGAACUAUGGGAGCGUGGCUUCUCUGGGAGACAGGAAUGUAAUAGAGACUUUGGUGGAGACAGACAAAAGCCUCCCAUCCGAAGAGAGGCUGGAGAGUUUCUCAAGAGGAUUUCAACAGAGUGUUUCCUUCCCAGAUGAGUGGGCUACAACAGGGGAUGAGCAGUGGAAUGAGGGUGUUGAGACAGUGCUAAAUAAAGUGCAGAACAAAGAUUUGGAAGGAAUCUUCAAGAAUCGAGGUGGACCUAAUGAGCAGAAAGGAAGUCACAUGGCUGACAAUAGGGAUAAACCUAUUUCAUACCAAGGGCUGGAUUUCAACGAACUAAUCCAAACAGCCGAGGAACCAUGUAAGUGCUUGGAAUGUGGGGUGACCUUAUCAGAUCAAAGCCAAUAUGAGACCUAUCUGCAAAUGCACACUGGAAAGAUGACCCACCAGUGCUCGGAGUUAGGAAAGAAUUAUGUUCGCAGAAUAGAGAUAUCUAGCCAUCAAAGAACAUAUAAAGGUGAGAAACCUUAUAGCUGCACAAACUGUGGCAGGAGCUUCUCACAAAAAUCAGAUCUUUCUCAAAACCGUUGUUGGACUCAAUCAGGAGAGAAUCCAUUAAUCCGCAUAGAGAGUGGAAAGACUGGUAUAAGAAAGGUUAAUGUGCAUCUUCCAAAGCACAGUAUAAUAAGGGCUCAUAAAUGUUUUUGGUGUGGAAAAUUCUUCAGCUGCAGAUCAAAGCUCCUGGUGCACCAAAGAACUCAUACAAAGGGUAGACUUUUUGAAUGCUCAGAAUGUGGAAAGAGAUUCAGUCGGGAUAGCAGUCUUCAACAGCAUCAAAGAACUCAUACAGAGAAAAGACCUUUUCAGUGUUCAGAGUGUGGAAAGAGAUUCCAACCUGCACUGAAAAACUGCAAAAGAGCAGAAUACCAUGAGCAGGAGUUACACUGUGAAAGGAACCAAGCCAAGCCUUCAUUCAACAUGUGA